GCAUAACAGAGAGCGACCGUGAAAGAAGAUCGAAAGCUGAAGCGAAAGACAAGCUUCAGGAAGCUUGUAAAACAACUUUCUGGUGAACUAUGGACAGAACACAGAUGUUGAAAACCGUGGAAAGCUUGAGAGAUCAGCUGAGAAUUUCGCGGUUGCCGGUUUCUAUAUGCAGCAACGAGCUAAAGGAGUAUUGCACACAAAAUGGCACAAAAGAUCCCCUUAUUCAUCCACCAGAAAGACGGGAAAAUCCAUUCGCGGAGAAACAGAAAUGUACCAUACUCUGACGAACCAAAAAAAAAAAGACGAGCAAAUCGCCAGAAGAGAGGAUAGACGUUUUCUGUCUCAAAUUAACGAAUUUUUAGCCAACUAUUGCAUUGUUGUUAUUGAGAAGUUUUUAAUUAAGCUGAGGGUGGACAGUCGGUAACGCUGGUUAUGCAUUAAUGAUGAUCUGAGAGAGAGAUCUUUUAUGUGACGACCCCGAUUCUCAAUGACGAGUCAUUGAUGUCCCUGCAUCCAUCCUUGACAUAAUUGAAUAUAAGAUACAUAUGCUUGUUUUACUGCCCUCAGCUUUUGUUUGUUUUAUAUACCUUCAUUGAAUUACGGCUGAAUUUGAAAUUGUUUCCAUCCUUCAUGUAAACGGUGGACAUCUCGUCGAUUUUGAGGAAAAAAGUGGUCGAUGUUGUUCAAUAUUGAAAGGAAAAAGAUCUAGUACCUCUGAAAACUUACCACGAAUAUUACUUGGAGUAUGAUUUAGAGUAAUUCUUAUUCUGAAAAAAAAAAUCAUUGUGAUGAACAUUUCACUAAAUUCAACAUCUUCAGGUUUACAUUUCAAUUUCAUAACUAUUUCAGCUCGAAGUUGGGAAUAAUUUUACGAAUAAAUUCAGUUCACUGAAUCA